AUGCGAGGUAUUAUCUACUCGUCCCGUGGUAUAGCCCUUUUACUGCGUCGCAGCAGAGGAGCUAUCCGAAUUUCCGUCGCGUGUUUCCGAAGCUCGCGAUAUUCGACCGUUUCAUCUGAUUGCACCGAUGAAACAAUUUCCCUUCCUCUUGGAAACAAUGGGGCUAUUUCUCUAAAAAUUACGCGACCGAGCGCCCACCAGAGGCUGUCUCCAGAAGGCCCAAAUGUAAUCCUCUACCUUCCCCCUGGACCUUUGUUGCUGGGAAAUGCAACGAGCGCACCUCAAAAUCAUGAAAUCAGUGAAGUUGAUCACCAAAGGACUGGUGAUACCAACUCCUUGGCCUCACCCCAGCAUGUCCUAGCAUCCACUGCGUCUGCAGUGGUAGUAACCGUCAACUAUCGUCUCGGCGAGAUACCAACAUAUAUUCCCUCAUCUUCAGUUGAAAGCUCUAUCUCGCAAGAGCAAUCUGAAGCCCCUGACCAAACUCUGGGAUCAAGCAACCCCCAAAUCACCUCUUACAAAUAUCCAACCCCAGUCCACGAUACACUGGCCGGAUUCGACUGGAUCCAAACUCACCUCCGCCCAGCGCAACUAGCCAUCUUCGGCACACAUAUCGGAGGCUCUCUAGCUCUUAUGCUGGGUCUGACCGAAGCGCGCUCCAUCCGAGCCAUCGCCGCUGUUGAACCAAUUUGCGACUGGCCCGGUCUGGAUGAGUACUGCACGCGCGAGAGCACUAUCACAAACCCCAAAACACAGGCAGGCGAUAAUACCACUCCAAAGUCAAGAGUAGCAUCCACGCAAAAGCGCCAGCCAAGGAGAAAGACCACAGCACCGCCAGACCUAGUGCCCCUCCUCCAAGCCCGCUCGAAAUUCUUCUCAACCCCAGAGCGCUGCUUCGACUCCUUCGCCUCGCCAAUCCUCUUCCUCCGCUCUGCGGGCCGGGAUGUGCCGCCCACGUUCCCGCAGUAUCUUACGGGGCCGGAGUAUCCCGUCCCCGUACUGAAGGAGACGCGGGGCACGACAUCCGCCGAUCAAUACGCAGCAUUAGACGGGUCGACCUGGGAGUGUCCCGAUAUGGAUUCCGACGAUACCGGUGGUAUUGGCGCUACUGUUACCCGGCGCCGAAAGGCUCUUUCGCGUUGGCCGCCGUAUGGUAUGGAUUAUGGGCUCAGUGGGGAUACGUGGUCUGGACCUGGGGAUGGCAUUGGGCGAUUGGAAAUGGCUUUGCCUUGGGUCCGGGUGUUCGAGAGAGAGGAUGGUGCUGAAUUGGCUUCUGGUUCUCUCUCUCCAAAGAAAAAGAAGAAGCCUAGAGAUGGUGGUCAUGGGUCUACGGUUCUUGCUCGACAGGCUGAUGAGAUGGUCUCUACUAUGCGGCGGGCUUGCUUUUGGGGUCGGGAGAAGGGGGUUGGGGAGCGGAGAGUUACUUUAUCUCAGAUUCGGAGUACUGAUAAUAAUGCGGGAGAGGAAGUGGGCGACUGGUUCAAGAAUGUGUUCCAAGGAACAUUGGAGGAUAUAGAUUAA